CGGCCAUUUGAAUCACAGGCGAUUUGUCAUCUAUAGAAGCCCACUAGCAGAAAACAAAUAAAGCUCCUCACCUUUUACUUUUAAAAGUCUAAAAUGAGCGGAUUCUGCUUGUUCUGAAUUAAAAACUCAUUAUUACAGGAAGAGAAUUUGUUUAGUUGACCUGCCCAAUUAAAGGAGCUUUAUUCAACAGUCGUAAUCAUGCGUGCAUGUGGCGAGCUCAGAUUAUUCUCUGUUGUAGGCCGUAAGCUGCCAACAUCAAAAGAGCCAAAACCUGUCCCUUACAGAAUGAGAAUAUUUGCUCCGAACUCUGUUGUAGCUAAAUCACGUUUCUGGUAUUUCAUUAGAAAGCUGAAAAAAAUGAAGAAAGGCAGCGGUGAAAUUGUUUCUUGUGAAAGAAUACACUCGCGAAAACCACUAAUGGUUAAGAAUUUCGGUAUCUGGCUAAGAUAUAAUAGUCGUUCUGGAACACAUAAUAUGUACAAAGAAUAUCGUGCUUUGACAGAAGAAAAUGCGGUUACCCAGCUAUACCGUGAGAUGGGUGCUCGUCACCGUGCUCGAGCCGAGUCUAUACAAGUGAUAAAAGUGGAGUCGUUACCAGCAUCCAAGUGCCGUCGUCCAUAUGUUACUCAGUUCCACGACAGUAAAUUGAAGUUCCCACUUCCUCACCGUGUAACUCGUCCUCUUCACCACCCAAGAUUUACAACAAGAAGACCUACAACAAUCUUCUAGUUAUCCAAUAAAUCUAAAGGUUAUUUG